GUCAUCGACACUGAAACCGUUAAAACUAAAACAAAACAUGGAAUAAAUUUUGGAGGCAGUUUCUUGAUUUUUCUGUGUUGAAAAUUGUAUUUUUAGAAUAGACACCAAGUUUAUUUAUGUUAUCGUUAAUUUGUUUUUAAAUAUUUAUUUUGUAUGUUUUGCCCUAAAGAAAAGAAAGUGAAAUAAAACAAACUGAACAACAUAACCAAAAGAAAUGGGAGACAAAUCAUUUACAAACAGUGGUUUUGAAUCAUUAUUUAAUGAGUCUUUAGAAGAAGCCUCUUCUCUUAGAUCUCAAGUUACAAAAUUAACAAGCAACAAUGAAGAUUAUCAACAAACAAUUCACGUAUUACGACGUGAAUUAGAAACAGCAAAGGCAAUGAAUGAGGAAAUUAAAGAACUCUAUGAAGAAGCUUCCGUUCAACGAUCAGAAACACUUAAUAUUGCAAUUCAACAAUUAACAGACAAAUUCAGCGAGGAAAGAAAAGUUUUCCAGUCUCGAAUAAAAGAACUCGAGGAUGAUUUAGUUUUGAGAGGAGAAGAAAAUAUAUUUUUAGAAAGUCAAAAUAAACUACUGAAGCAACAGGAAAAAUUACCAUCGAUACAGGAAGAGACAACUUUUGAGGAAACAACAACAUUUACAUCAACAGAAGAAAAUGAUAGUAAAGUGAAAGAAUUGAUGAUGAUUCUAGAAGAGAGGGACAAUAAUUUUGUUCAAUUAGAAAAUUUUAAUACCUCUCUUCAGAAUCAAAUUACCGAUUUACAAUCAAUAAUACAAGAUUUUCGAACACGAAUGGAGGAAAAAAAUCAAAUUAUCGAAAACACACAGGAAGAACUUGCAAAUUGUCGUAUAGAAUUAAAUAGCCUCAAAACGGCUCCUACCGAUGGUGAUCAAAAAGGAAAUUCCAUAUUCGCCGAAGUGGAGGAUCGUCGUCAGCAUAUGUUGGAAAAAAUGAAAUCAAUGCGCUCGAGUUAUCUCGAAAUGCAAAGAACCUAUAAACUAAAGGAGAAUCAAAUUAAAACAUUAAAAUUAGAACGUGCAACAUUAGUUCGACAAUAUGAAGAAACAUGUCUUGAAUCCGUUGAACAAGAAGAAGCCCUCUUUGAUUCCUAUAAAACAAGAAUCAGAGAUUUGGAAAAUAGAUUAAAGGAGGAACAAAAGAAGAGCAAAGAACUGCAAAAGGAGCAAGAGACAAACUCCAAUAUGAAUUAUCUACAAACAUUACUAAAAUCAAAAAAGAAAGAUAUCGAGGAGCUACAGACACAAAUUGAAAACAAUUCAAUUCGUACUUUACUCAAAGAAGAAUUCUCCUAUAAAUUGAAAAGUCGUUUGCGAUACUGGAAAUACAAGGCACUGUCUCUAGAGGCAAAUCUGUCAGCGUUACAAAAUCAAUUACAAGAAAAUCCAAAUUACUCAACAAGCGAAAUUCAGCAAUUAUUAAAAAAUCAAAUGAGCAAUAAAAGUUUGAAAAUCGAUGAUGACUUUGAAGAUGAACCGGAAUCGAGUCUACAACCAAAAGUACUCGACGAGACAAGUUUCUCACUAGAGAAAUUAAUUCAACCAAAAGCAUUGUCGAAUUUUGACAGCACAUUAACAGGCGAAAUAUCAAAGAAUGAUUCCUGUAUCGAUUUAGAUACAACCGUUCUUUGUAACUUCAACAAAGAAGAAUCGAAUAAUAUUUGUAAAACUUUAAAUUUCACGAAAGAUAUGUCCAUGACACUACCAAUCGAAACAACACAGUUAAACAACAGUUCUAAUUUAGAAACAACUAUUAUUGCCAAUGACAGAAAUGCCACAAGUUUGAGUAAAAUAUCAAAAACUCUAAAUUUCACUAACGACAUGUCAAUGACAGAGCCAAUUCAACCAAAUAUGAAUAAGUUAAAAGUUGAAAUGAAUCCGGACUUGGAAGAUUUUCAACCAGUUUCCACAAGUUCUCGUUUAGAUGAUAUUCAACAAAAAUUUAAAGCAAAAGAAUCGAAUAAGGAGAACUUACAGAGUGCUGGUAAUUCGUCAAUUUUAAAACCAACAUUAUCAAAAACAUCGAAAUAUACAAAUGAGAUGAAAGAGAAAAAAGUUCUACGAUUUACAGAGGAUACAAUUAUUGAGCCGAAAAAAAGUUACAUACGUGAACUAAAGGCAAAACAAGCGAAUUAUCCGAUUGUUUAUAUUUCCAGUGAUGAAUCAAACAAGUAAAAAUUACACAAAAUUAAUAUUAAUUCACAGCAAAAUUGUACAAAGCUGUUAGAGAUAUUUUCUUUUAUAAUUAAUAUCAAGACAUUUUUAUAUAAAAUAUAAUUUUCUUUUUUUAUUUGAUACUAUAAUUUUUAACAUUACGAGAGUUAAUAAAAAAUUAUUUUCUAAUUUA